AUGGCCACUCCAGUGCCAAAACCACGCACAAAAUUUGGUGGCGAUAGUUUGAGUCCAAACGGAAGUGAUCAGAAUCAGAAUCGGACUCCAGAAACUUCUUCAACACCUUCACCCCAACCCAGUGACCAUUCGAAGCCAUCAGAAGACGUUGUAGUACUCCGUCGGCCAACGGAAGCCGAGGAUACACCAAAACGAGUCCCACCCGAAGUGCCACCGAGACCACCUGCAAAACCGCCACGUGCCAUGGCGAACUCGGCGGCAGUUCAAAACUUUGGAAAUGUUUUGGGAGAGUUGAGACUUAACUUGGGAGAAUCCAAACCACCAGAAAUUGGUUUGAUAGUGAAUAAUGGAGUGGAUAAGGGUCCGAGUAAGUCAAUGAGUCCGCCACAACGUCAUGCUCCACCGCCUCCGAGACCACCUCCACCACCCGGAUGGAAACCAGAAGUUACGCAACCAUUGAUUCCAGAUAGGGUCUCGUCGCAUUCAAACCGCCCAUUACCUGCACUACCCUUAGACGUGGAACUAACACCUGUCAACUCCGGUCCCUCCACUUCAUCAUCUUCCACGUAUGUCAACACUAAUCCUCAGACAGUUGAGAACCCACUUUAUUUAUCUCUGGAUGCAUACCGUACUUUAUCUGGAAUCACACCAUCUCCAUCGAAUCCCCCAACCGCAUCUCCAGACUGUGAAGAUCUUCGAGAAUGGUUGACCGAGGAAGAAGAAGCAGAAGUUUGUUCGGCAUCACGUCCAGAGGAUCUCAACUCCAAUAUUCCCGCACCACCUCCAUCCCGUCCAUCUAUAGGAUCUCAAUCUCAGAAUCUCGAAGAGAACCCUUAUACUCCGUGUCCACGAAGAAGUGACUACUCAAGUACGGAAUUCGUUGGCACCACCCUAGACCCCUUUGAUGAUAGCUUCUAUACGAACACACCGUCACGUGUCUCCACGUCGUCAAAAAAUCAGAAUCUCUACGUGGCGGCACAUUUCGAGAAAAGCAAUACAAGUAUUAGUGAGAAUAAUUAUGACAAUGUUGUGGAAGUGUGUGCCACCACGCCGAGUCCAGUGCCAACAUCCCAUACUUAUGUCAAUGUACCGCCCAUGUAUCCACAUGAUGUGGAGACAUCUGACAGUGUUUGUGGAGGCAAUGAUGAAGGAGGAGGAGGGAAAAUGAAGAUUGAUGGAAGUUCGAUUAUGUUUGUUGGAUUUGUGUGUUUGACUAGUACCAAAAGGGAGAAACGUCUUCACUGUCGACUACGAAACAUGCAGCUCAGUCUCCACGAGGAUGAAGAAUCCACCGAAGCGUCUCAUGGCCCAUACGAUAUCAAGGACAUCUAUCUAUUCCGUCAAAUUCCGUCUACAUACGAUGGCCCAUCCACGUCUACAAGUUCUCUUCCCGCCACCACAUCAUCCGCUUCAAUUCUUAUCCACGUCGGCGAGAAGCGACACGUCAUCUCGUUCAUCCCAGAAGACCCGCCAAAUCUGUGGAUGUUCUUCUUGUCAGAGGCGUGGUUAUCGUUGAACUACGGUCUGACUGCUGUACUCCGGGAUGCUGAUGAGAUGGCGAUUUGUGGAAUGACGUGGAUUAAGCAUGGAGCAACUGGAGAAUGGAAGUGCUGCUCCGCGGGAAUUAAUAACAUGACGUUGCACUAUAUGUUGACUGAUUCUAGAGAUAGAAUAUACAAAAGGAAUAGUCACGAAACAGACACCUCAUUUGGAUCGUCAACUGGAGAUGAGCUGGUUGAAGUGGACCUACGAAAAGUGAUGACGAUGAGAGACAAAAUUGACAAAAGCGAAUAUUGUCCGCAUGUAAAGCAUAAAAGAGGUCCAUUCUCAAUGACUCUUCACGGAGUUACUCUUUAUAUUGAUUCUCGUGAUGAUGCCACCACUUCCCAUUGGUAUGAGGCAAUCGAUUGUCUACUGAAGAGACCAGCAACUCGGUUGGAGAAUUUGAGGCUUACAGGGGAUAACAUUCCAGUGAUAGUUGAUAAAUGCAUUCGAUUCGUGUCUGCGUAUGGAAUGAAAUCUGAGGGAAUCUACAGGAGGAAUGGCAAAGUGACAGAGGCGAAGACAAUAUUGACGAAACUGACAGAAGAUCCAGUUGGCUUCUAUCCAGUGCAGGAGAACGAUGAGACCGUGUAUGCAGUGGCUGAUGUGCUCCGUCAAUUCUUCCGAAAACUCGACGAACCAUUGUUCCCAUCCUCUGUGCAAGCGGAACUAUUCGAUUUGGCCGUCGAAUCUCAUUCCGAAGAACUGUACAAAAGAUACGCAGAACUCAUCGAGCACUUCCCUAGAGUUCAUCAUGCAACCCUCAAAAAGCUCGUUGGUCAUCUCAAGAUAAUGUCGGAGCAUGCACAAGAGAAUCGAGCAAGUGUGGAGAAUCUCGCGAAAGUGUUUGCAGCUAGUCUAUUCCUGACGGAUUCAAUGGAGAAAAAAGUGUUUAGUGAGAGUUAUAAUCAUCAGAUCAACACUAUGAUUCACUUGAUCACUGGAUAUGAUACUAUCUUUCAGAUUAGUAUGGAAGAGGAACUCUCCCGUCAAAUGGUGAACGAUGCUGAGAAGAAAUCAUUGAAUGCGAAAAAACCAAGCCCAGAUUUCAUAGUGGCGAUUCAUGUAUGGGAGAAAGAGAACCGCCCAUUCAAUGUUAAAAUGAGUCUAGCCGGAGAGGAGGUUUGUAGAGAAGCAAUUGCAAAACGAGGAUUCGAUGGACCGCCCGACUCGCCUUAUGCAGUUUUCGAAUGUCUAUCGGAUGGUCAUUUGAUAAGAAGACUUCCGUCAUCACAGAAAAUGUCAAAGUGUGUAUUACAAUGGAUCGAUUGGAACUGCAAAGAUGGAUAUUUGUUAUUUGACCAUGACAAAUACCGAUUCGAUGGAUCGGACAUGUCGUGUUUUACUGGGAAGGUGAAGGUUGCCGAGCCAGGUUCCAGAACUUUCAAAUCAUAUGAAGUCAAGAUUGAGAACGGAACCUCUAUUGGCGCAUAUCGAAAUGAGAAACUCUGGAAAACAUGGCCAAUGGAUGAAAUAAUUUGGUAUGUAGGUACAGAACCCUCUAGAAAACCGCCCAAUUCAUUCAAUACAACAAUGAUUCGAUCCACCAAAGAUGGCUAUUCCAAUCGAUUCACCGGAUUCUGUUUUUCGUUCAAAGAGGAGAAUGAGAGGAGUCGUUGGUUGACGGCGUUGUCGCAUUUCACAAAGAGUAAUGACUCGGAACCACUGGUUUAUAUUUGA